AUGUGUGCCGCUGCUACAAGCCUGGGUUCUCUACCUUUCAUCUGCACCGACCACAACCUCUGCGGUAUUGACAACAACGACAACUGUAGCUACAACCACAACAUUUGCGGCUCCAACAACGACAACUGCUGGACCAUCUACUACAGCUGCACCAACAACCACAACAACUGCACCAACCCCAACCACUGUGACAUCAACAACCACAACAACUGCGGCUCCAACCACAACAGUUGCUGCUUCAACAAGGACAACUGCGGGACCAUCCACGAAAGCAGCAACCGCAACCAUGACAAGUGCGACUCUAACCACAACAACUGCGGGAGCAUCCACAACAACUGCAGGACAAUCCACAACAGCAGGAACAACCACCCCCUCUGUGGGACAAAAAACCACAACAGCUACUUCAACCACUACCACUGCAGCAUUAACAACAACGACAACUGCGGCUCCAACCACAACAGUUGUGACUCCGACAAUGACUACUACUGGAUUAUCCACUACAGCAGGACCAACAGGUGCACCACUCACAACCACUGCUGCAUCAAAAACCACAAUAACUGCACCAACCACAACCACUGCGACAUCCAAAACCUCAACAACUGCAGGUCCAACCACAACAGUUGCGGCUCCAACAACAACAACUGCAGGACCAUCCACAACAACUGCGGGACAAUCCACGAUAGCAGGACCAACCACAACAACUGUGGGACAAACAACCACAACAGGUGCACCACUCACAACCACUGUGGCAUCAACAAUCAUUACAACUGCGACUCCAACAACAGUUGCAGCUCCAACAAUGACAACUGCUGGACCAGCCACGACAGCCCAACCAAGCACCACCACUGUGGCACUAACAAUAACAACAGUUGUUCCAACCGGAACAGUUGCAGCUCCAACAACAACAAUUGCGGGGCCAUCCACAACAACUGCGGGAGAAUCCACGAUAGCAGGACCAACCACAACAACUGUGGGACAAACAACCACAACAGGUGCACCACUCACAACCACUGCGGCAUCAACAACAACGACAACUGCGGCUCCAACCACAACAUUUGCGACUCCAACAACGACUGCAGCUGGACCAUCCACUACAGAAGCACCAACAACCACCACUGCAGCAGCAACAACCACAAACUCUGCUCCAAACACAACAGCUGCCACUUCAACUGCUGGACCAUCUACUACAGCAGCAUCAACAACCACCACUGCAACACCAACCAGAACCACUGCGACAUCAACAACCACAACAACUGUGGCUUCAACCACAACAGUUGCUGCUCCAACAACGACAACUGCAGGACCAUCCACGACAGCAGCAACCACAACAGCUGCCACUUCAACAACAACAACCAUUCCAACCACGACAACAGCUGUACCGACCCCGACCACUGCCACACCAAAGACCACAACAGCCGCUGGAGCCCUUCAGUGUCAAACCUGCAUAGAUCAGAUGUGUUCAAGCACAGCACUAAAAACAUGUUCUUCAGAGACGAUGUGUAUUACAGCUACUAUUUUAGCUUCCUCAUCUGGCACUACGGCAAUGCAAAUCUACAAGGCAUGUGCAUCUUCCUCCCUGUGUCCAGCUACGGGCUCUCAGACAUUUUCAGUUAACUUGGGUAAUCAAAGUGCUCUUGCAUCUGCCACGUGCUGCAAAACAGAUAGCUGCAACUCAAAAACUCUGGCUGCCCCUAAUCCUCAGUCACAUAAUGGCCGACUAUGUAAUGUUUGUUCCACCCCUUUGUGCAACACUCCAUUACAGUGUCAGGGAGUGGAGGAACAAUGCAUUCAAUCCAUCAUGAUUGACGGCACCAAGGCUUUUCCAGCUUACGGCUGUGCAUCUAGAAACCUGUGUGCAGCUGCAACACGCCUGGGUUCUCUACCUUUCAUGCAAAAACUUGGUACCAUCAUAAGUGGGCCAACCUGUACUUCAUCCAUGACAACUACAACACACACCACAAAAACAAUUGCUCAAAAUACAAAUGCAGCACAGACGGAGUCAACUGCAGUACCAACCACAAAAUCAGUUGCACCAACCACGACCACUGAAGCUAUAACUACCACAAAAGCUGCUCAACCCAUGACCACUGCGGCACCAACCACAACAACCACCACUUUGGGACAAACAACCACAAAAACCACAAAAACUGCACCAACCACAACCACUGCGACAUCCAAAACCACGACAACUGCAGGUCCAACCACAACAGUUGCUGCUCCAACAAUGACAACUGCUGGACCAUCCACGACAGCAGCACCAACCACCACAACUGGGGCACCAACAACCACAAAAGCCAAUCCAACCACAACAGUUGCGGCUCCAGCAACAAAUGCUGCGGCACCAUCCACAACAGCCAAACAAAGCACCACCACUGUGCCACCAACGACAACAACAGCUACUCCAACCACAGCAAAUGUGACUGCGACUAUGAAAGCUGCAGGAGAAUCCACGACAGCUGAACUGUCCACAACCACUGCCACAUCAACAAUCAUUACAACUACGGCUCCGACCACAACAGUUGCAGCUCAAACAACGACAACUGCUGGACCAUCCACGACAGCCGAACCAAGCAAAACCACUGUGGCACCAACAGUCACAACAGUUGCUCCAACCACAGCAGUUGUGGCCCCAACAACAACAACUACAAGACAUUUCACGACAGCAGCACACACAGCCAGCACUGUGGGACAAACAACCACAAAUGCUGCACCAACCACGACGAGUGCAGCUCUAACCACAACAACUGUGGGAGCAUCCUCGACUACAGCAGCACCAAAAUCCACCACUGCACCACCAACAACCACAACAACUGCACCAACCACAACCACUGCGACAUCAACAACCACAACAACUGCGGCUCCAACCACAGCAGUUGCUGCUCCAACAACCACAACUGCGGGACCAUCCACGACAGCAGCAACCACAACCAUGACAACUGUGACUCAAACCACAACAAUUGCGGGAACAUCCACAACAACUGCAGGACAAUCCACUGCAGGAGCACCAACAACCACCACUGCAGCACCAACAGCCACAACAACUGCACCAACCACAACCGUUGCAACAUCAACAAUCAUUAGAACUGCGACUCCAACCACAACGGUUGCUGCUCCAAUUACGAAAUCUGUGGAAACAUCGACAACAGCUGAACCAACCACAACCACUGCGGCAUCAACAAUCAUUACAACUGCGACUCCAACCACAACAGUUGCAGCUCCAACAAUGACAACUGCUGGACCAUCCAUGACAGCAGCGCCAACCACCACAACUGGGGCACCAACAACCACAACAUUUGCGACUCCAACAACGACUGCAGCUGGACCAUCCACUACAGAAGCACCAACAACCACCACUGCAGCAGCAACAAC